AGCAAUCUACAGACAUUAAAAAACAAACAGUUUUCUUCUUGCAGACCGCAGACCUUCGGUCCACCACUUCUCCUGCAGAUGUCUACAGUAGUGGUCCGCAGACUGCAGACCUUUUCUUGCAGAAAAAACAAACACCCCCUUAAUGUCUUUUCAUUGUCUUGUUAGCACUUCCUUUAGUUUUCAUGAAAUCAAAGUGAGAAAUUCUCUUUGAGAUGGUUGGAGAAUAUGGUCUGUACUCCGAAUGUUUCUUGUUCAAACUAGAAACUGAUGAAACAAUAAUAAAAAAUUUGAAAUAAAUAUAAUCAAGAAAUCAUAGGUGCAAUGCCAAACAGUAGAAGAAAUUCUUCAUCCACCCCCAUGGCCAUGGCCAUGGCCACAGCCACCCUUACUGCUUCUUGCUCUUCUCAUCCGUGGACUCCCAAAAAGCUCUCACUUCCAUCCCCAUCUCGUUCUUACCAAACUUCAAAACAUUCUCCACUUGCCCCCAAGCUCCAUUCCACGUCUUUGCUUUUAUCCUCCACAAAAAGAUCCAAUUUUCAUCAAUUUCAUGUCAAAUCCGAGAACAAAGAUGAGCCCACUUCACCUCCCGUGGCUGUAGCUAAAGAAGGCUCUGGAAAUGGGGAAACCGCGAAGAAAGACUUGCAAUUGGACGGGGAACUGCAUAUGGAAGAGGGCGGGGAAUCUGAAACCGAGAAGAUAGAGAAAGAGAAGCGGCAAGAAAUGGACUGGAAGAGUGAUGAGGAGUUCAAGAAAUUCAUGGGCAAUCCUUCAAUUGAGGCUGCUAUAAAACUGGAGAAGAAAAGGGCGGAUAUGAAAUUGAAAGAGCUUGAUAGAGAGUCCACUAGCAACCCAAUCGUUGGGUUAAUCAAUAGGCUGCUUCGCGACAAUCUGUCGAGAGAAAAAGAGAGGCUGGAGAAAGCCGAGGAAGCUUUCAAGGCACUCGAUCUGAACAAGUUAAAGAGCUGCUUUGGGUUUGAUACAUUUUUCGCAACAGAUGUUAGGAGGUUUGGAGAUGGAGGGAUCUUUAUUGGAAAUUUGAGAAAACCCAUUGAAGAAGUAAUACCCAAGCUGGAGGAGAAGCUGUCCAGAGCUGCUGGAAGGGAUGUUGUUUUGUGGUUUAUGGAGGAAAGAACGGACGACAUUACUAAACAGGCUUGUGUGGUGCAACCCAAGUUGGAGAUGGACCUUCAAUUCGAGUCUACCAAGUUAAGCACUCCUUGGGGCUAUGCUAGUGCAAUAGCCCUAUGCAUUACAACCUUUGGGACAAUAGCUUUGACAAGCGGCUUCUUCCUCAAGCCUGAUGCUACAAUUGAUGACUACUUGGCUAAUGUGGUUCCUCUCUUCGCUGGCUUCUUAACCAUAUUGGGAGUUUCAGAGAUUACGACAAGAGUGGUGGCAAAUCAGUAUGGCGUCAAGCUGAGUCCAUCUUUUCUAGUUCCAUCCAAUUGGACAGGAUGCCUUGGUGUUAUGAACAACUACGAGUCUAUCCUCCCAAAUAAGAAGGCCUUAUUUGACAUCCCAGUAGCUAGGACCGCUAGUGCAUACGUCACAUCACUACUGCUCGUAAUUGCUGCUUUUAUGUCUGACGGAAGCUUUAAUGGCGGUGACAAUGCAAUGUACAUAAGACCUCAGUUUUUCUACAACAAUCCGCUGUUCGCUUUUAUCCAAUACGUUAUUGGCCCAUAUGCUGAUGAUCUGGGAAAUGUAUUGCCCUAUGCAGUUAAGGGUGUGGGAGUUCCAGUUGAUCCCCUUGCUUUUGCUGGUCUCUUAGGGAUGGUUGUUACAUCUCUGAAUCUAUUGCCGUGUGGAAGGCUUGAGGGGGGCCGGAUUGCACAGGCCGUGUUUGGACGAAGCACGGCGACUUCAUUGUCCUUUGCAACUUCGCUCCUCCUUGGAAUCGGCGGUCUCAGUGGAAGCACGGUGUGUUUGGCGUGGGGUCUCUUUGCGACCUUCUUCCGGGGCGGAGAAGAGAUCCCCGCGCAAGAUGAGAUCACUCCGUUAGGAAAUGAGAGGUUUGCUUGGGGCUGCGUGCUUUUCUUGAUGUGUUUCCUUACUCUUUUCCCCAAUGUGGGAGGUACAUUCUCUAGCUCUUAUUUUGGUUCUCCAUACUUUAGGGGAGAAUUGUAAGUUAUGUGUAAUUAAUUACUAGGUUGAGUAACAUUUAUCUAAGGCCUAUGGAUUGCAAAUAAGCAAUCUUUCUAGAGCAAUAUACGUUUAUUCGACUAGGUUCAAGGGCCUAUGUAAUAGGAUGACAUCCGUCCAUCUGAGCUCCAUUUGACCCCAAAACGGUUCCUCUCCCCUAACCCCCUAACUCCUCCCUCCCAACCACCGUCAAUUGGACCUCUAAUUUUUGUUGACAUUGAGGGUGUAUAGGUUGGGUA